CCCCAACAAGUGAAAGCUAAGGCUGCGUCACACUCCAUAUUAUACUCCUCUUUACUCAUCUAUCGUUUCUUGUCCCUCUCUCAUCUCUCUCUCCCCUUCCUUCUCAUCGGAGGCUGACGCCAUUGUCAAAGCUAUCAACCAUGGCUGCCGCUACCAACUCCUUCCUUACUCCUCCUACUCUCUCUCUUCGUCGAACAAGCUUCUUUCAUUUUGCGCCUCAGAUUUCUCGAUUUCAUGCUGACAACAAUCAGAAUUCCUUCAUUUCGUCUAAAUUUCUGCUUUCUGGAUUAUCUAUCUCCAAAACACCGAAUGUAGUGCAGGCUUCUCCCGAGAGCACAAAUGCUAUUAGUUCGUUGAUGUCUGAUUUGGAUUCUGAUCCUAUCCCAAUGCCGGUAGUUCUAAUUGAUCAAGAUUCAGACCCAGUUGCAACAAUUGUGCAGCUCAGCUUUGGAGAUCGUCUUGGAGCUCUUAUUGACACGAUGAAGGCAUUGAAAGAUUUAGGCUUAGAUGUCUCAAAGGGCAUUGUUACUACUGAAGGAGCUGUCAAGCAAACAAAAUUAUUCAUAACAAGAUUAGAUUCUGGGAGAAAAAUUGAGGAUCCUGAUAUGCUGGAACAGAUACGUCUUACCAUAAUUGACAAUCUACUGAAGUACCAUCCAGAAUCUAGUGAACGACUUGCAAUGGGAGAGGCUUUUGGUGUCAAAGCUCCAGUGGAGAAGCCUGAUGUUGAUGUGGCAACUCAUAUCCACAUUCAAGAGGAUGGACCUAAGAGGAGUUUGCUCUACAUAGAAACAGCAGAUAGGUCUGGACUGCUGAUGGAAGUCAUCAAAAUAAUGUCUGAUAUCAAUGUUGAUGUGGAAUCGGCAGAAAUUGACACAGAAGGACUUGUUGCAAAGGACAAGUUUCAUGUAAGUUACAGAGGGGCAGCACUAAACAGUUCUCUGUCUCAGGUUUUAGUUAAUUGUCUCCGUUAUUACUUAAGAAGGCCACAAACAGAUGAAGACAGUUACUGAUUGCAAGAACUUGGACUACACUAUUACCUCUGGUAGACUUGUGACCAGAGCAUGUUACUCCAGGAUGCAGUCACCUGUUGUACUAGUUGCAGAUGUAGCUCACCCUUUUAUACACAAUUAUAGCUUCUUCUAUGGUUGUAUAUGAAGCAAAAAUAUACAUCCUGUCAAAAUUGUUUCAUCUAUUUGAAACUUUCGUGAAACAUACAAAAUAAGUUGUACCUUAAGGUACAACCAUACAACCAAGGAUAUUAUUUUAACCUUAGUGCUUAUAAAAUACAAGCUCAUGAGAAAAUACAAGUUUCUCAACAAUCAUGUAUCUCAAAGGGGCAAAAUUUUCAUUUCUCGUGAAUAACUUGGGUUAA